AUGAGAGGCAUCGGAUGGGACUAUGCCACUCCAGACGUCAGACACGAUCGUCAUCCUUGGCAGCCUCCUUCCACCCGUCAACUUCAACGCGCCAUCUUCAAGCUGCUGCCCUUUCUCGCCCUGUCAUUGGCCACGCUCAGGUGGCUCGUGCAGACAGCUCGUGCUCGUUCGCAAGACUUGGAACACACCAGCAUCGCCAGCUUGCCUGCCUAUCAGCGCUUUCAAUUCGUCCUCGCCACCGGCAUUUCACUCUACGCCUUGUUUGACUUUGGAUACACUUUCGUUUCGGCCCUAGGCAUGCCCUUUUUGAAACGCUCCGCAAUCUUGGUGGAUCAGCUUUCCGACUCGCAUCCAUCUGACAGCGCCACCAAAGGCUUGGCCGCACCGACACACAGCGUUUCUGCGCACAACGUCGACUUCUUUCCCCUCCUCAACCCCAUUAG